ACGAAAAUUAGUUUACCUUUUUUUCUAAGUUUAAUAAUUGAUUUUAGAUUAAUUUAGCGAUAUAUUCUAUUUGUAACGAUCGAUUUCUACCAAAGAAAGUAAUCCAUCACUCACUCAGCUUCGUAUAAUUUCCAGCCAAAGCCAUGGGUCUGCAGGUUCGUUGAUGGUUUCAGAACGUGGUCGUUUUAGUGGCAUUUCGCGAAUAGAUUCCAUUUCGAGAUGAAUAAAAGAAGACGAACGCCUUCGAUAGCCAGUCGAAGUGUCGACGACGAUGAAUCGGAUUCCCAAAGUGUCGGGGUCAUUGAAACAUCGCGUAAAAAGAGGAAACUAGAUCCGCUCGACUUGAUGCAGAAUCUUUACGAUACAGUCAGAAGUUUCAAAAAAGAUGACGGAUCUUUAUUGUGCGAUGCUUUCAUCCGUGUUCCUAAACGUAGGCAAGAGCCAGGGUAUCACGAUGUGGUACAUAAUCCUAUAGAUUUACUUAAAAUACAACAGAAACUCAAGACUGAUGAAUACGACGAUGUUGAUGAUAUGCAACAAGACGUCGAGCUGUUGGUGAAUAACGCUAAAACUUUUUACAAGAGAACUUCUCAAGAGUAUAAAGACGCUAACGAACUAUGGGAAUUAUUUUUACAAACUAAAGCUCGUAUAUUCGACACCUGCGACGAAGUUGUCAACGAAAAUAAAGCCAAAAUAAUCCUAAAAGUUGGGAAAUUAGCCCGUCGAGUAACACCUAAUAGCAGCUCACCGGAUGUUAAGAAGCAGGAAUCGCUCGAGUUGGAAGAAAGUUCUACCGAUAGUUGGGCUACGACUAAUGAAGACGAGUUGAAUCUAUGCGAGGAAUUAUUUUCGACAGUAAUGACUGCUUCUGAUCAAGACACUAGGCCCUUGUAUCCGGUUUUCCAGCUUUUACCAUCCAAAAAGCUUUAUCCCGAAUAUUACGACGUAAUCGAAAACCCCAUCGAUUUGCGAACGAUCGCUCGUAAAAUCCAAGACGGAAAGUACGCAAACUUGAACGAAAUGGAGAGAGAUUUACUGCUCAUGACCAAAAACGCUUGCCUGUUCAACGAGCCCGGUUCGCAAAUAUACAAAGACGCUAAAACGUUGAAAAAAAUCAUCUCGAGUCGUAAAAUAGAAAUAGAACACGGUAAAAGCACGUUGGAGAAGAAAAGCGAAAGAAUCAGUUAUUCGUUUAGAAACAAGCGCCUGCGAGGUCCAUCCCAAUCACUAUCAGCCAUUACUGCCGCUUUGAAAAGUGAAGACGAAGAUUCCGAUUUGGAAGAAGAAGCUGGAGACGAUUCGAUAGACGAGGAACCGGAUAAUCCCAGGUGGCAGUUGUAUAAUGCUGUGAGAACCAGUACAAAUGCUCAAGGAGUUUCUCUUGCUGACCCGUUUCUGAAACUACCUUCGAAACGAUAUUACCCGAAUUAUUAUAAAGAAAUCAAGAAUCCUUUAUCAUUGUUGCAAAUUAAGAAGAAGCUCAUCAACGGUGAAUAUGGAACAGUCAGCGAAGUAGCUGGUGAUCUGAAUAUAUUAUUCGAAAAUGCCAAAAAAUUCAAUAAACCUGAUUCUAAAUUGUACAAGGACGCUGUUAAACUGCAGAAAGACAUGCAGAACAAAGUUCAAGAAUUAUUAGACUUUCAAAAUCAGUAUUCGGACAGCGAAGACGAUUCUGCGGACGAACCGACUGCCAAACGAGUGAAAUCAUCGAAAGCUCUAACUCGUGGAAAGUAUUUGAAUAAUAUUCCUUUGAAAAGAAGGCUGUAUUCGUUAUGUAAAUGCAUAAAAGAUUACGUGACCGAAGAUGGAAGACAACCUAUGCUGAUGUUUAUGGAAAAACCAUCGAAGAAAUUAUACCCCGAUUAUUAUAAAGUUAUCAGCGAACCAAUCGAUAUGUUAACCAUCGAAAACAACAUUCGAUCUGAGAAGUACAACUCCGAAGAAGAAAUAUUAAACGAUUUCAAGCUCAUGUUUCGCAACUGCAGAGAGUACAAUGAAGAAGGAUCGUUGAUCUACGAAGACGCCAUCAUGUUGGAGAAAAUCCUCAUGGAUCACGUCAAAGAUCUCGGACCCAUUGAACGGAAAACACCAGCUAAGAUAGUGUCUCAAAUUCCAUCUCCGACGGUUAUAAAAAGUAAAAAGUUACCUUUGCCUCCGACGCCGACCAUGAUGAAGAUGCGAACGUUGUUUUCCACCAUCAAAGAUUACAAAGACUCGAAAGGACGUCAGUUGUCGGUGAUUUUUAAUAAAUUACCGUCGAAAAUUGAGUAUCCUGAUUAUUACGAGGUGAUCAAGAAACCCAUAAAUUUAGAAAUCAUAUCGCAAAAAUUGAAAGGAAAUUGUUACGAGAGCUUGGACGAUCUCGUGUCUGAUUUCGUCCUCAUGUUCGAUAACGCUUGUAAAUAUAACGAACCGGAUUCUCAAAUUUACAAAGAUGCUUUGACGUUGCAAAAGGUCACACUGCAAACGAAGCUGCAGCUGAGAGAGGACGAAGAUACAGUUCCAGAUGUGCCUAGCGCUGUUCAAGAGCUGCUAACGUCUCUAUUUACCACCGUCUAUAAUCAUCAAGAUGAAGAAGGUCGUUGCUUCUCCGAUUCCAUGGCCGAAUUACCAGAACACGAUGAAGUGGAUGGCAAAAAAAUUCGAGCCAUUUCGUUGGACUUGAUAAAACGUCGCCUAGACAGUGGCCAAUACAGAAGGUUGGAUAUGUUCCAAGACGACAUGUUCAUAUGUUUCGAACGAGCCAGACGUUUGUCCAGGACUGACUCUCAAGUAUUCGAAGACUCGAUCGAAUUACAAUCAUUUUUCAUACGUCAAAGAGAUGAAAUCUGCAGAAACGGCGACCUCCUCAACUCGCCCGCCUUAAAUUACACCUUAUUCGACUUAUCAGCCGCUGUCAGCACGAUGAGAGAUUCGAAAAGCGCCGAAGAGCAAAUCGAUGGCUCGAAUAAGGAAGACGAGAACGACGUUACUGCUCAAGAAGACUCUAUCAAAGAAGAAGAAGACGAUGACGGCUCUUCGGUCAUACAAUCGACCGGAAAUUCGGUCGGAGCUGUCGAUAACGCCAUGUCGUACAAUCAGCAGGUCUACCGUAUCGGUGAUUUCGUCUACGCCGAGCCCAAAGAACGUGGCAUGGAACCGAUGCUGUUUAAUAUUCAAAGGCUUUGGAUUGCGCAAGAUAAUCAACAAAUGAUGUACGGUAAUCAGUAUUACAGGCCUAGUGAAACGUAUCACGUUACUACUCGCAAGUUUUUGGAAAAGGAGGUUUUCAAGACAGAUCAACAUAUGGCUUUACCUUUGAGCAGUAUUAAAGGCAGAUGUGCCGUGUUAAGCGUUAAAGAUUAUUUCAGAGCUAAACCGGAGGGUUUCGAUGAUAAAGAUGUGUACGUUUGCGAAUCGAGGUAUUCGUCCAAGGCUAGAUGUUUCAAGAAAAUCAAGAAUUGGCCUUUGAGUUUGACCAACGUUUGUAAACUAAUCGAUCGCGAGGAACCGCUUGAGCCAAAGAGAAACGUAUCUGUGUACAGAGAUCGAGUAGAGAAGCAUAAAGAAGAGAUUGCCGAAUUGGAAGAGCAAGAAAAAUUGGUCGAGAAAGAGAAACCGAACGUCGUCGUUACUCAUCUACCUCAAAACGCAGACGAAGGCUGUACUUAUUACGAGCAAUACAACGCUCCUCAAUGUUUAAUCAAAACCGGAGACUGCGUUUAUAUCAGAAACGAUACCAAAAACAACACCAGCCGAACGUUGAUCUGCCAAAUAAAUAAAAUAUGGACGAAUAAAACCGGAGACGCCUUGAUCCACGGUCCUUGGCUCGUGCUGCCCGCAGAUGUGCCGCAUCCUCCAAAUAAAUUAUUCUAUAAACAAGAAAUACUGUUAAGCACGUUGGAAAAUACCAACGAAGUGUCGCAAAUUGUCGGCAAAUGCGCCGUUUUAGAGCACAGCGAGUAUAUCUCCUGUCGACCCACCGAGAUCCCCGAGACGGAAGUGUACAUUUGCGAAUCGAUGUUCGACGAAGCCAGACAGCAAAUAGUCGAACUGCCUAAAGACGGACUGAAAAAAUUCGUGCACAGUUCAGCGGUCUACCAAGACGAAAUAUACUUCUUUAGACGUCUAAUUAAUCCCACAAAGGUUAAUUCUGUCGGAGAUGCAGAACAAACAACGGUAGCGCCGGAGAAAACCAACGUACAAAGUGAACAACCUUUUCAAAGUUGCAAUGCUACGAUGGUGAAAGUUGAGCCACCAGAUGUGUGCGAAGAUUCAAUGGAUGGUGGUCCGCCAUCUGUAUGCUCGAGUGAUAUGGGAGCUCCUAGUACCCCGAAUAGUAAUUCGAAUUUCAUCGUUACUACUCAUACUGGAAAGAAGAAACGCGGAAACUCGGAAAAAUCAAAGCAAGUUACCGGUUAUAUUUUAUAUUCGAGCGAAAUGAGGAAAACAUUCACUCAAAGCAAUCCGGCUCACACGUUCGGCGAAGUCAGCCGAAUCGUAGGUAACGCGUGGAAAAAGUUACCGAUCCACGAGAAAAACGAAUGGGAAGAAAAAGCUAUACGUAUUAACGCAGAAACGUUGGCUAAAAUCGAACGAGGCGAAUUAACACCGUCUUCGGCGAUGUCCGCUCUGCACGCUUCGUUUAUCGGUCCAACGUUGCCUGAUCACGUAUGGGAAUGCUUAUGGGAUAAUUGCGACUAUAUGUUCGAGGAUCAGCUAGACUGCUUGGAGCAUGCUGUCGCCGAUGGAUCAGGCCACGUAGCUUCUACUUUUGCCGGUACCCAUACAACUGAAUUUCAAUGCCAAUGGAAGAACUGUCCCAGAAUUAAGAAACAGGCUCCACCGUUCCCCAGUCUACACAGAUUAAUAAGACAUGUCAAAGAAGUCCACAUACUGAAAAGUAUCGGUAGAGUGGUACCUCCGAACGAUCGCAGCAAGAAUGUCAUCACUUGCAGUCGUAUACCACCGACUAUAAGUAUACCUUCGGCAGCACCGUCGCCUCCGGCUGCGACUACUAAUGCCAACGAUAAUCCUACCGCUGCCACUCCGGUCACAGUAACUGCUACUCAAGCGAAUCGUGAAAUACCUUCGCCUCAAGUGCAACCAGUUGUAAACGGUGUGAGUAAUCCUCCUGCGGCGAAACCUCGUUCUAACGAGCCAUUAUUUGUAGUUGUGCCACCAAAGCCCCAUCGUGUCUUGCAUUCGGAUAUCUACCUCAAGUACAUUGAAAAUUUAUCCGUCGACAAACCGGCCCAAGUUGGUAACUGGGAGAAGCAAUUGUACGCUGCGCCUGAAAACGUUCCUCCACCCGAUUCUAACAAACUACCUGCUGCCUGGCUGGGUAACGGUAUUGGCAAUCAUGGAAAUAUAAUGAACGCCUUGUGGGCAUUACGCGAAUACAUGUUGGAAGACGCUUUAAAUAUAAAGAAAACUGUCUAACGAUAAGGAAAAAAGUACCUAGUAUUUAAGUUGUGUUUUCUCUCCUCUUCAUUAUUUUAUUUUUUUCUUUUUGACUCGCUUUUUAAGUUAAAAAUUUGCUAAAAAUUAAUUUUUUUAAUUAGUCAUAGUUGUUUUAAGAUUUUUAUUUGUAUAGAAAGUAUACAUAAUAUACAACAAAAAGAGGUCUUAUUAGUCUA